AUGUCGGUCGAAGGAAAUCGACCGAGGGACCUCGAGGGUUGGUCCGCGGCCUCGACGAGCGGCGCGUUGUCCCAGAGCGACGUCCGAGAGUUUCAAAGGCUCGGCUUCCUGGCCCUCACUGGAUGGUGCACCGACGACGAAUGCGCGGCGAUGCGGAAUCGAGCGAGUGCGAUCGUCAGAGAUUUCGAUCCCGCGUCGCACGCGAGCGUGUUCAGCACGACGGAUCAGACGCGGACGACGGAUGAAUAUUUUUUGGCGAGCGGCAACGGCGUGAGCUGUUUCUUUGAGGAAAAAGCGCUGCGCGCAGACGGCACUCUGACGGUGGAGAAGGAGGUGGCGAUCAAUAAGAUUGGACACGCGAUGCAUGAUUUGGACGACGUGUUUCGCGCGUUUUCGAGAUCAGACAAAGUCAAACGACUCAUGGAAUCAUUGUCGAUGUCGAAGCCGACACCGGUGCAGUCAAUGUACAUCUUCAAACAACCGAGCAUCGGCGGCGAGGUCGUCCCGCAUCAAGACAGCACCUUUUUGAACACAUCGCCGGCGACAUGCAUCGGAAUCUGGCUCGCGCUGGAGGAUUGCACGGUGGAAAAUGGGUGUCUCUUUGCGCUUCCUGGAACGCCGCCAGUGGCGCGCGUCAUGACUGUGGACUACCCCGGUGGCUCGCGAAAGAUUGAAUUCAUCGGCGCAAAUCCGACGCACGACCUCGACGCCGCGCACGCGUUGGAAGUUCCGGCCGGAACGCUCGUCCUCCUCCACGGUGCCAACGUGCACUUCUCCCGAGCGAACACCAGCGCGAAGUCGCGCCACGCUUACAGCGUCCAUUUCGUCUCCGGCGACGCCGCGUGGAAGCCCACCAAUUGGCUCCAGCGCUCGAACGAUUUCCCUUUCACCCCUUUGUAA